AUGGGUCCCGGGACGGACGGGAGAGGUCUGCCACGUGUCACAGGACGGGUGGGCGAGGCCCACCAAGUGUUCCAGGAUGGAUGGACGAGGCCCGUCACGUGUCCCGGGAUGGGCGGGCGUGGCCCACCACGUGUCCCAGGACGGACAGGUGAGGGCCGCCACGGGUCACAGGAUGGGCAGGCAAGGCCCGCCACGGGUCCCUGUGCGGGCAGGCACAGUCCACCAUGUGUCCCGGGACGGCGGGCAUGGACCCCACUGUCACGGGACGGGCAGGCGUGGACCUCCAUAGGUUACGGGACGGGUGGGCGAUGUCUGCCACUUCUCCUGGGACGGGUUACGGGACGGGCGGGCAAGGUCCACCAUGUGUCUAGGGAUGGGCGGGCGAGUUCCGCUACGGGUCUCAGGACGGCCAGGCUAGUUCUGCCACUCGUUCCAGGACAGGUCACAGGACGGGUGGGCAAGGUCCGCCACAUGUCCCAUCCCGGGAUGAGACCUGCCACGUGUCCCGGGAUGGGCGGGCGAGGCCCACCCCAUGUCCCAGAAUGGGCAGGUGAGGCCCACCACAUGUCCCUGUAUGGGCGGGCAAGGUCCGCCAUGUGUCCCGGGUUGGGAGGACAAAGUCCGCCACAUGUCCCAGGACGGGUGGGCGAGGCCCGCCACGGGUCCUGGGACAGGUGGGGCACCCGGCAGGGGGCCAACCAGGUGACCGGAUAG